UCGAAUUCAAGGUGAUCUUCCUGCCUCAGCCUGUUGAAUGCUGGGAUUACAGGCGUUGCACCACCAAGCCCGGCUCCUUCACCCUUUAGAUAAAGGAACCCAGGUCUAGACAUGAAGGAAAAGGUCCCCUCACCUUCAACCCCCUUGGCCUUGGUGCCCCAGGCUGCCCUCUUCACCGCAGGGCUGGGAAAGGCCUGGGAGCCAGAGGGUCGGCAGCAGGGAGUGAAAAGGGGCCUCUGUCCACUGGCGCAGCUGCUGCUAUGGCAGCCAGAGCCAAAGGAGGUCACCAUGGAUCCCUCCGGCACUUAAUUUGAUGUGCUGCGGCCUGGGGCAGGGCUACAGCGAGGCGGCGCUGGAGGCUGGCAGGGAGCCACUGGUUGUGCGCCUGAUUCUCUAGUGCGAAACGAGGGCGCGCCGCGCAGCUGAGCCCUCUCGGCCGGGCGCCACACUCCUUCCCCAGCGCUGCAAGAUGGAGCGAGAGGCUGGGGAGGCCCCUCGGACGUGGGGCGCAGAGAGGGGUGUGCGACGCCCGGGGAGGGCCGGAGAGCACCGCGCUGGGGGACUCGGGAGAGCCAGGAACCCCCGACAAGGACCCCAGCCCCAGGUCUUCCUGUUACACGACCCUCCGGAUCGGCAGAGCAGCUCCUAUCCCGCCCGGCUCCGCCCAGCCGGCCCAGCGCCCAGGGGACCAGGCCAUCUCAGGCGGAGGCGCUGCUCUGGGCACUCAUCGGGGGCUCCCGGCAAAGCUGCGUGGGUUCCGCCGAACCGGCCCAGGGGAUCAGGAGGCCCCCGGCAGCACCCAGUCCGCUCCGGCCCGGCCGUCGGGCCACGCCCGCGCCGCCCUCCUCCGCCUCCGCCUGCGAACCGGAAGCCCCCGCUGCUCCCCACCGCAGCCCCCCGCAGCCCCUUCCUAGUUCCUCUCCCUCCGCGGGUCCGGGAAACCACUCUCCCCCUCCCCCCCCCCCCGCCCGCUUCCUCCGGCUCCAGCUCCGCCCCGCUCCUCUGGCCGCCUUCAGGCCACGCCCACUCCCUUCAGGCCCCGCCUCCGCCCUAUCUUCUCCCCACCCGAGGCCCUGCUUUCAGGCCCCGCCCCACGGACUCCGCCCCUGGCCCCUCCCCUUAUCCACGCCCACUCCCCGCCUGGUCCUGCCCUGGCCCCGCCCCCAGCCCCCGGAAGCCUCUCCCCGCCUGA